AGGCAAUCCACAUCGACGCCACUUUAGGAUUGACCAAUGCUGCUGCAGUACCAGCGGGCCGCGCACCGAGCGCUGACGGGCCGACGCCUCGCUCUUCGCCCGCGCCUCCAUGGCGCAUGGGCCCACGCCGCCGGCCUCGCGACCGACGCCAAGUCCAAGGAGCAAAAGCCGGUGACGUCCAAGGAGAUUGUCACGUCGCUCGCCGGGUACCUCUGGCCGGAGGGCAACGGCGCCGAGGCCCGCGCCGUCAAGGGCCGCGUCGCGCUCUCGCUUGGCCUGCUCGUGUCGGCCAAGCUUAUCAACAUCCAGGUGCCAUUCCUCUUCAAGGAGCUUGUCGACGUCAUGGGCACGACGACGCCCGAAGUCGCUGCGGCGCUGCCCGUGAGUCUCGUGCUCGGCUAUGGCCUCGGCCGCUUCUCGGCCAACGCCUUCCAGGAGCUGCGCAAUGCGAUCUUUGCCAAGGUUGCGCAAGGCACGAUCCGCCAAGUCGCACGCAACGUCUUUGAGCACCUCCACGGCCUCGACCUCAAGUUCCACCUCGACCGCCAGACAGGCGCCUUGUCGCGGACGAUCGACCGCGGGUCGCGCUCGAUCGACUUUGUGUUGCGCUCGAUGCUCUUCAACGUCGCGCCGACCGCGCUCGAGAUUGGUCUUGUGAGCAGCAUCAUGGCCUACCAGUUUGGCUGGGAGUACGCGGCCGUGACGCUCGGCACGCUCACGGCCUACACGGGCUUUACCGUCGGCGUGACGCAGUGGCGCACCGAGAUCCGCCGGCGCAUGAACAAGCUCGAGAACGAGGCGGGCGGCAAGGUCAUCGACUCGCUCAUGAACUACGAGACGGUCAAGUACUUCAACAACGAAAAGCACGAAGCCGACCGGUACGACGUCGUCUUGCGCAACUACCAGGAUGCGUCGCUCAAGACGCAGACAUCGCUCUCGUUCCUCAACGCCGGCCAGAACGCCAUCUUCUCGGCCGGUCUCACCGGUAUCAUGUACAUGGCGGCGCAAGGGAUCGUCGACGGCACGCUCACGGUCGGCGACCUCGUGCUCGUGAACGGCCUCCUCUUUCAGCUCUCGAUCCCGCUCAACUUUAUCGGCUCCGUGUACCGCGAAGUGCGCCAGGCCGUCAUCGACAUGGAGGCCAUGUUUGCCCUCCGCGCGGUCCAGCCCAAGAUCCUCCCGGGGGCGUCGACGUUCGAGAACCUCACAACCCCCAAGGAAAUCAUUUUUGAAAAUGUCCACUUUGCGUACCGCGAGGACCGGCCGAUUCUGAACGGCACGUCGUUUGGCGUCACGGCCGGCAAGACGACCGCGAUCGUCGGCUCGAGCGGCUCGGGCAAGUCGACGAUCCUCCGCCUCUUGUACCGCUUCUACGAUGUGCAGAGCGGGACCAUCCGCAUUGACGGCCACGACAUCCGCGAGAUGGACAUGGACGGGCUCCGGCGCGCGAUCGCAGUCGUGCCCCAGGACACGGUGCUCUUCAACGAGAGCAUUUACUACAACAUUCACUACGGCAACUUGAAGGCGACGAAAGAGCAAGUGAUCCAAGCGGCCAAGGUCGCGCAGAUUCACGACGCGAUCGAGCGCUUUCCCGAAGGCUACGAAACCAAGGUCGGCGAGCGCGGCUUGAAGCUCAGCGGCGGCGAGAAGCAGCGUGUUGCGAUCGCGCGGGCGAUGCUCAAGGACGCGCCGAUCUUGCUGUUUGACGAGGCCACGAGCGCGCUCGACUCGGAGACCGAGUUCGAGAUUGUGCGCGAGUUCAAGGCCAUUGGUCUCAACAAGACGACGGUCAUCAUUGCGCACCGCCUCUCGACGAUCCAAGACUCGGACGAGAUUCUCGUCAUGGACGCCGGCCGCGUUGUCGAGCGCGGGACCCACGUCGAGCUCCUCGCCAAGGAAGGCAAGUACUCGGAGAUGUGGCACCGCCAGCAGCAAGGCCACACGACGCUGUAAAGGUUGUAGAUAUUAACCAAUAUAGAGCUAUGUACACGUCAUAACGAGGCAACAUCAUCGAUCGUCGUAGUACGGCGAGCUCAAACUGCAAUCAGA